UACCUGUAAAUUGUGAUUUUCCUUUCAGAAAAAUACUUGGAAAUGAACUUUAAUCCUGAUACAUUUGCAGUCUCCUGCUUAGUACAUCCAAGUACCUAUCUGAAUAAAAUAUUAUUGUGCAGUAAACAGGGAUCCAUGCAAUUAUGGAAUAUCAAAACUAACAAAAUGAUAUAUACUUUCCAAGGCUGGUCUGACCCCAUCACAGCUGUAGAACAGGCUCCAGCUAUUGAUGUUGUUGGAGUUGGUUUGCAAAGUGGAAAGAUAAUUAUUCAUAAUCUAAAGUUUGAUGAAACAGUAAUGUUCUUCCAACAAGACUGGGGACCUGUCACCUCAAUUGCAUUUAGGACAGAUGGCAAUCCUAUCAUGGCCUCUGCAAGUACAGUAGGGCAUGUUGCAUUAUGGGAUCUUGAAACCAAUCAGUUAAAAGGAACAUUGCAAAAUGCGCAUAAUGGUGCUGUUCAUGGUAUGAAGUUCCUGUCAUCGCAGCCAUUAAUGAUAACAAAUGGCCCUGAUAAUGCUCUCAAGGUUUGGAUAUUUGAUCAAACUGAUGGAAAUGGGCGUUUAUUGAGAUCACGUACUGGUCAUAGUUUGCCACCCACUAAAAUUAGAUUUUUUGGACAAAAAGGUGGUGAUUUGCUAAGUGCAGGUCUUGAUAGAACUCUUAGACAAAUUUCAACAGUUAAAGAUGCAAGAAGUUGUGAAUUGUCACAAGGUUCUUUUACCAAAAGAUCUAAAAAUGUGGCUCUUAAGCUUGAAGGUCUCAAAUUCCCUCCAAUAUUUGACUUUGCAGCAGAGACAGCACGUCAAAGUGAUUGGGAAAAUGUUAUAACAUGUCACUAUGGGAGCACUAAAGCAAGAACAUGGAAAUUCCAGAAUAAGUGUCUUGGUAAACACUGUCUUACAACUUUCAAGAAAAAUGAAGAAAAGCAUGGGUGUAUUACAGCUGUUGCUUUGAGUUCCUGUGGCAACUUUGCUAUCAUUGGGGAUUCUACUGGUCAAGUUGAUGCUUUUAAUAUCCAGUCUGCCAAUUAUAGAGGCACAUUUGGCUCUCCAAAAGCACAUUGUAAAACUCUAAGGGGUAUUGCAUUGGAUGGUAUCAACCAACAGUUAUUGACAGGAUCUGCUGAUUGUACACUUAAGUUUUGGCAUUUCAUGAAGCGAACACUUAUUCAUACUAUGUCUUGGGAUGCACCCGUAACACAGAUUCAACUACAUAGAGAAAGUUCUCUUCUUGCCGUAAGUUGUGAUGACUUUUCUAUCCAUGUGGUUGACAUUGAAACAAGAAGAGCUGUUAGAACCUUUACAGGACACACUAACAGAAUCACAGAUCUAACCUUUAGUCCAGAUGCCAGAUGGCUUGUUUCUUCUUCAAUGGAUUCAAGUAUAAGAACUUGGGACCUUCCUGGAGGAAGACUCCUUGAUUGCUUUCUUGUAAAAAGCCCAACCACAAGCCUGGCCAUGUCUCCCACAGGAGAAUACCUUGCUACAGCACAUGUGGACGACUUGGGAAUCUUUCUAUGGUCCAAUAUGACACUUUAUGGCCACGUAUCGUUGGUGCCACUUCCAUCUGAUUACCAACCAACAGUAGUUGGUUUGCCUCCAACAAGUGCCGAGCAGCAGGAAGCAGAAAACAAAGAUAUGGAACUUGACAAACCUAUAGAUGAAGCGAUAGGAGAAGAUUCUGUGUCGAGUGCUAUGGGAUUUAAAUCACCUGACCAACUGUCCAGUGAACUGAUUACUCUCUCACUUCUACCUCAGUCAAGAUGGAAAAACUUGACGAGCCUGGAGAUAAUCAAGGAAAGAAACAAACCAAAGCAGCCUCCCAAAGCAUCGAAGGCCGCACCCUUCUUUCUGCCAACCGAGACGGGACUGGUACCAAAGUUUAUCUCAACUGAACAGGAAACAGACAACACUGAUGUGACAUCAUCUAAAUUAAUUCAAUUCAAUAAGCUACAACCUCAAUCACACUUUCAAAGAAUUCUUGUUCAGUCUUCAAAUUCCAAAAAUUAUGAACCCCUCAUGGCAUAUCUCAAGGAUAUGGGUCCUUCAGGGAUUGAAAUGGAGCUGCGGCUGCUAGCCCCUGUUGCUGGAGGGGACAUUAUGUUGAUAGAGAAAUUUAUGGAGUUCUUGCUGAUCCAAAUAACUACAAGAAAAGACUUUGAACUUGCAGAAGCAUAUAUGUCCCUAUUUUUAAAGCUCCAUGGGAGUAUUAUCGUCUCACACUCCGAGUUACUAGAAGAAGCACGAAAACUUCACUUCUUACACAACCAAACUUGGAAUCAUAUACAAGAUUUGAUAAAUCAAGGACUAUGUCUUGUAGGAUAUUUCAAAAGUGCUCUUGUUUAAUAAUAUUAUAAGUGAAUAACUUGAUACCUCAAUUAAAACAAUUUAUAAUAAACAUUAUCGCCAAAUAAA